UGCAAUAGAAACCCGGAUAUUUUAUGUUAAAUCCUCGAAAUAGUUUGAUCGGAUCCAUGAACUAAGUGGACCUUUGUUACUCCAGUAGAUUCUAAGCAGAUUCUUCGCAUUUCUCGAAAUCUACAAUUCGCGUAAAUAAUUUAGUCUGGAAGUAGGAAAUUUGCAUUUAUAUCGCUCCAAAUUUUUUUUCGCGCAACAUUUUCCAGUUUCAUGUUCGUCGAAGAAGUUUGCAACAUAUAUAGUUGAUUGUUUUACUCCUUAUCAGUACACAUUUGAUCAGUACCUACAACUACGACCAUGGCAAACAAAUUACUUGUUACCCUAGCCAUUUUUUUCGUUUGGGUAGAUUUUGUCAGAACCGACUGUCCGUCUGGUAUCUACGAGUCCGGUUUAUCCCAAGAAGACAGAGAUUACAUAGUCAGUCAGCACAACUACCUCAGAGGUCAGGUGGCUUCUGGGAAAGUUCCAGAUCAACCAAAAGCUACGAAUAUGAAACAAAUUAGCUAUUCGAUGGAGUUGGAAAAGAAAGCGCAAGAAGUAGCCAACACGUGUGAAUUCAAACAUGUUCCUAUCACUGGAACGUCCUGGGGUUGGGUUGGACAAAAUCUGUUCCUCUUUUUGUCAACUGAAUAUGGAAAAGGACCAAACUGGCACGAUGCCAUUCAGUAUUGGUUUGACGAACACAAAAAAUACAAGUUUGGCUCGCCUUUUUCUGAGGAAACUGGACAUUACACUCAGCUGGUUUGGGCCGAUACUGACCAUGCUGGAUGCGGAUACGCCCAUUACAAGAAACCAUCCGGCGAUUACAGUUAUCAGAAACUCUACGUUUGUAACUACGGGCCAGGGGGAAACGUUAAUAACCAAAGUCCCUACAAAACAUAAACUGAUAACAUAUCCACAUAAUGAAAGUGUUAAGCAGUUAUCUAUAUCUUAUCCUCCGUAAAAACUUGAAAAAAAUUGGUGUAAUGAAUAUUUUUGAUCACUAUAAUGCAGAUUUACAACAAUCCAUAUUUAUAUAAAUCCAAGUAAACUUUUAUUUUAA